GCCGCGUGCGGAAAACACAAUCAAUAGCCGGAGUCGGGCCCUCGGUUCCGCCCGCGACCGCGCGCGCGAGCUAAACCCGACCCAGCAAUCGGGCCACCGCCCCCUUCCUCUCCGAUCCGGAUCUCCCCACCCGCUCCGGCGAGCCAUCGCCGCGUCGCGACCGACUACCUCAUAAACCUAUCUAUCUAUCUAUCCAUCCGACUUCCCCGCCGCCGCGCGCGCCCAAUCGUAGGCUGCGCCCCCCAUAUACCUCUGCUUCCGAGCCAGCAAACCCUAGUCGGCGCCGCCCAUGGACGUAGAGACCGACGGGCGAUUCGGCAACAAGCGCGUGCACAAUCGCCUCGGCCCGGGCUCCGGCGGCGGCCCGUCAUCUACCACCGGGAAGGUCUGCAACUACUGGCGUGCCGGGCGGUGCAAUCGCUUCCCGUGCCCCUACCUCCACAGCGAGCUCCCCGAGGCGGCGGCGCCGCCCAAGCGCCCGUCUGGACCCGGGGGGAACGUCUGGCGCAACCCCAACUCAGGGGGACGAGGAGGUGGCGGUCACAAUAGAUGGGGGAGGGGCCCUGGAGGCGGCAGCGGGACUGCGGCCCACAGGCCGCCCGACAGGCCCUGCAAGUACUUCCUCGCCGGUACCGAUUGCAGCUAUGGCGAGAGGUGCCGCUAUCCCCACAGCUACUGCAUAAGCGAUAGUAUCACAAUGCUCACCCUGCUCAAGGGCCACGAGAAGGGUGUCACGGGCAUUGCACUGCCCACCGGGUCGGACAAGCUAUAUUCUGGGAGUAAGGAUGGAACUGUUCGCAUGUGGGAUUGCCAAACCGGGCAGUGUGCCGGUGUCAGCCCUAUGGGUCGCGAGGUUGGGUGUAUGAUCAGCGAAGGUCCAUGGUUAUUUGUUGGAAUACCUGAUGCGGUGAAGGUCUGGAAUACGCAAACAUCAGCGGUAAUGGAUCUUACAGGACCAACUGGGCAAGUCUAUGCACUCGCUGUUGCCAGUGAGCUACUCUUUGCUGCAACACAAGAUGGUAGGAUUUUGGCAUGGAGAUUUAGUGCUGCAACUAACCGUUUUGAGCCAGCUGCUUCUCUUGAUGGCCAUAAGCUUGCUGUUGUUUCAUUAAUAGUAGGAGGCAUGAGGCUUUAUUCUGCUUCAAUGGAUAAAACAAUCAGAGUGUGGGAUUUGGCAACAUUGCAGUGCAUACAGACUCUUUCUGAUCAUACCGAUGUUGUUAUGUCUGUGCUUUGCUGGGAUCAGUUUCUAUUAUCUUGCUCUUUGGAUCAAACAAUAAAAGUUUGGGCAGCUACAGAGACUGGAAACUUGGAAGUAACAUACACACACAAAGAGGAGCAGGGUGCACUUGCUCUCAGUGGUAUGCCUGAUGCACAGUCAAAACCUGUGCUACUAUGUUCAUUAAAUGACAAUACUGUCCGCCUAUAUGAUCUGCCAUCGUUCAGUGAUAGGGGCCGAAUAUUCUCCAAACAAGAAAUUAGGGCAAUACAAAUGGGUCCUGCUGGUUUAUUUUUUACCGGGGAUGGAACUGGUGAGCUGAAGGUUUGGCAAUGGGUAGAUCGAGCCCAGACCUAACGAACAUAAUGUGCUAGAAUAGUUUCACUCGUGUAUUUCAUGAGGAAGUUCUCGCAAAUAUGCAUAAUGAGUUGUGGUUGGCGGCCAGUUCUUUUUUGUGAUAUGCCCUACAUUUAUUCGCAAAGGAUACAAGAUUCAGUUGAUCUGGCUGGCAGUUCAUGCUGGCACAAGCAGAGUCUGCUAGACUGUAGUUUUGUCCUGGUAUGAAUUUCAAGAUAUGGAAAUAAUUGCUUGUAAUUUGUAAAGCACUGGAACCAGCAAGUAUCUGAUCAUUGCUUGGAGGUGCUGACAGUUUCAAAAGGAUAUGCUAAUAUAAAGGGUUUGUUCAGCUGCAUUUGUACACGAGGAACUGGUGGUUUUUCUCAGAAGGCCAUUCUUCAUUGUUUGAGGACUAUGGGCAUCUUUCUUUUUCAGAACUGUUGAACGAUCACUUUUUUGCUAAACUGAUCAUUUCAGUUCUUGUAACUUCAUUCGGCUCGGUGAGUGGCAGCAAGGGCAGCUCAAAGUAUUCGGGAGCUCAAGGCAAAGCUUGUGUACCAAUAUUUAUCUAGAUUUUUGUUUGGAUAGCAGCGGGGUAUUUGUUGAUGGUAUUGUUUGUAUUUGUUGCUGAAUCUGAGAGAACAAAUUAUGCAAUCAAUUGGAAUUGUGGACUA